UCCCGCAACCAUUAGCCACAUAAUUAUACUCACUCGUCUAAAAACCCGCAUCCGACAUCCACUAUGGCGGGAGACGACUCUGACCGCAGUACUCCGAGUCCUGUCUCGGCUGACGACAAGAUGGAGUACGUUGUUACGACCACGACGCUCUCCACCACGAAGCUCGACCACAUGACCAACACCGCAAGCGGUACCUACGUCUCAGCGUCAGCCAUUCUUGGCCGCAGCGUCCUGCAAGAGGCAUUUGUUGCCAACGAAGAGGAGCACAGCCGCAGCGACAAUAGCGACGAUAAGGAUGGCGGGGGCACAGGCAUUGAAGGAUUAUUGCGCUCUAUGGGCGUUGAAAUUCGCGGACCUAAUAUGGUCACGACUGCAGUAGCUCAGGCUCCGAGGCAAAAGGUGACCCGCCCUACCAGUGCCGUGCCCAUUAAUCUGCCCAAGAAGGAUCCAAAGAAAGAUGCGAAGGACACGAAGAAGGACGUGAAGGACACAAAGAAGGACCGUGACGCUAGGAAAGAUACUAAAAAAUAGGCUUGUCGACCAGCCUUUCAAGCUCGGGAGAAGGCUACUGUCAUCCCUCACAGCUGCCGCGUCCCGCCAGCAUUUUGUAGCGGUCCUAGGGUUUUGUGCCGUUGAUAGUGCUCACAUUCUAUGUCUUCCGUCUGGCAUUCUUGGCUUCCAGUGGAGUACUGCAUGCUCCCCUGACCCUGUGGGUUUGGAUUCUCAUGUAGAAUUUACUUUUUUUAUACACGCGAUACACUGUGUAACUUACUGUACUUUUACGACUGUAGCAGAUGAAAGCACCCAAAAUGAGUUUUUCCGAC